UCCCCGAAAGGGAGAAAGAAGCACCCGCGCCAUUGCUAUUCAAUCUGCCGAGCUCAGCAGACAUCGACAGCGCGAGCUAACUUAGCCUCCCAGCUGAGAUUUGCUUUCCGAGGCAAAGUGGCAAAUCCUCAAUUGCCUUUUCAGCAAUUCGCAGUUUGCAAUCAGCAACCAUUGCGUUACCAUGGCCGCGCCGCUGUCGCCGGCGCCAAGCGCGGCGCUCAAUCUCUCAACCCCAACGGCCAAUCUGCGCCGCGAAGCAUGCGAUGACCGCCGCAAACCGGCCGGCAACACUGAGAACCACACGAGCAAUGACGACAUAUCCUUGGACGGCGACAGCUCCCCGUUUCUCUCGCACGUUAAGGACGAGGUGACGUCCCCGACCGCCCGCGGGCCCUCACCGCCAAAGGCCCGUGCGGGCUCUCGAAUCAUCUCGGGCAGCGAGCUCUCACCGCUCAAGAUCCUCCAGCAGCAGCAGCAGAGUCAGAUCCAGGCACAGACACAGGCGCAAGCGCAGGCACAGUCACAACCACAAGGCCAGAACCAGACCCAACAAUCACCACAAUCGGCCCACGACGAGACCUCUUCGCCAGCCAAGAGCAUGCCGCCGCCUCCGCUACCACAAAGCCCCCGGAAGGUGGGCCCGAUCAAGCGGUUCCCCGUCAAGGUCAGCCAGCCCGGUUCCUCGGCCAGGGAAUCGCCGCGCCGGUCAUUGGAGGAGCGCCGCUCUUCUGGCGAGCGCCAGAGCAGCCUGCAGGAGGUCGUGCUGGAGAACGAGGGACUGAAGCACGCCAUUGAGAUCUUCGAGGACGAGGUGAAUGCGAUGCACGACGGCGCCGACGAUGCGGACCACGAAGACGGCCAUACGCUCCUGGUUUCUCACGGCGCCGCUCCGGGUCAGGGCCACUUGGGCGAGGAGGAGCAUUCCGUCCUGGACGACUCCAUGGUCAGCACCUUCAGCGCCUUCUCGGGCGUGCCCAACCUCACAAUGCUGGCACAGAUGCGCAGCGACAGCCCGAGCAAGUUCUCAGUCAUGGGCGCCUCGACACCGCGGGCGCCGAGGAUGGAGCCGCCAGAAGCGUCACGAACGCCGCGGGUCAAUGGCUCGUAUGACGCCGGUAAUAACACCACGAACCUGAUGGACUUCACCGAGCAAUUGCGCUACGGCGCCUACGGGGCGUACCCGACUCCGUCCAGACGCGGAGGGGCCAUGCCGCCGUCGUCGUCAACGGCGGAGGCGAAUGUGGCGGCCACCCCGCAGCGACCCAAUGGCAGCAACAACCUGGUGAGCCUGCUCGACUUCGACCUGCCGCCGGCGCCCACCCCGCGCAGCAUCCCCUCCAUCACGCCGCGCGAGCUCGAGUCGCUCAAGUCGGGCUUCCUCUCGGAAAUCAGCAGCCUCAAGGCCUCGCUGAGCGGCAAGGAGGCCGAGGUGCAGUCGCUCAAGACGGCCGUGGGCGACGCCGAGAAGCGGGUGGGCGAGUGCAUGGAGCAGCUGCGCGAGGUGCAAGGGGCGCAGGAAGCCUUGCAGGCCGAGAAGGACAGCUGGGAGCGGCGGGGCCGCGAGAUGGAGGCGGUGCUGCGCAAGGUCAAGGAGGAGAUCGUCAUCAGCCAGCGCGAGCGCGAGGAGCUCGAGUUCAAGCUCGACGAGUCCGAGAAGCGGCGCGAGGCGGCCGAGAUGAUGGCGCAGGAGGCCGAGAGCAAGAUGGCGGGCAUGCGCGCCGGUAAGGCCAGCGCCGAGGCCGCCGCCGCUGCCGCCGGCGGGGCUGAGAACAAGCCGCCCGUCGCGCCGCCGUCGCACAAGGAGGUCGAGAUCGCCGUCGAGCGCGUCGCGCGCGAGCUGCACGCGCUGUACAAGAGCAAGCACGAGAACAAGGUGGCGGCGCUGAAGAAGAGCUACGAGCACCGGUGGGAGAAGCGGGUGCACCAGCUGCAGGCGCAGGUGGACGAGCUGCGGCGCGAGAACGAGGAGCUGCGGCAGCUGGCCAGCCGCGACAGCGCCGCGGCCCACCGCGGCCUCGACCCGGCCCGGCUGGCCGAGAUGGAGGAGGAGCGGCGGGCCGAGCGGGCGCGCGACGCCGCCCAGAUCCGCGAGCUCGAGGCCACCGUCGAGAAGGUCGAGGCCGUGCUCAAGACGGUGCAGGCCGACAACGCCGAGCUGCGCGUGCUGCUCGAGCGCGAGCGCGUCGAGAAGGGCGAGCUCGUCAUGCUCGCCGAGGAGAUGAUGAACAUUCAGCAGAGCUUCAUCGCCGCGGCCGACGAGGAGCCGUCCGACCAGCAGCAGCAGCAGCAGCAGCCCCCUCACCACCAACCCCAAUACCAACCACAACAGCAACAACAACGAUCACCACCCCACCACCAGCAGCACCAGCCGCAGCAGCAGCAGCAGCAGCAGGCAACCAAGACACCGUCUAAGCGACAGUCCUACGCCGGCCCCAGCACGUCCCGCACCCCGGGCAACAGCUUCCGCCUCUCCACAUCAGCCAACAACAACAACAGCUCCCUGGCGAACGGCUUCCGCGCCUCGGGCCUGCGCGCCCCCGGCUCCGUGUCAGGCAUCCCCGCCCCCGGCGUGCGCGCGUCGCACGAGCGGACCAAGAGCGCCGCCACCAUGAUCGGCGUCGGCGCUGCUGGAGGCGGGAGCGGCAGCGGCAGCGGCAGUGGCCUGCCGCGGCCUGGGUCCGGGCAGGGCUUGCGCGGGGUCGGGGCUAGCGGGAUUAUGAGCUCCAUUGAGCGGAUGGGUGCUGGGGGGUCGCAUGGGAGUAGGGGGCGGUUUGUUUGAGUUUUUUUUCUUUUUCCUUUUUUGUCUUUUUUCUUUUUUACGCCUCCCAGCUCUUCUGGUGG